AUGGAAAAAUUUCUUAAAGGUAUGAUAAUUAAAUUAAUUUAGAAUUAAGGAGAGUUGACAUAUUUGGAUACUAAAUCACUUUGAGAAUGAACUAAUAAUCUACAUAUAGGUCAGGUUUGGGUGGUUUAAUGUCAAUUAUUGUGAUUGGAGUAAUGAUAUGGCAGUUUUCAUCGAGCUUUAAUUCGUUUCUCAAUAAAGAAUAAUUGAACGCAGUCACAAUAACUGAGUAUGAUCCAAAAAUAUCAGAUACUACAAUAACAGAUAAAUAAUUUUUAUUCGCUAUGGCAAUAUAGUAAGAAAACUUUAUUAAGAAUCCUUUUUUCAACAUGUCUCUUAUUUAGAAGUAUAAGAAGUUCUUUAAAUUGUUAGAUAUAAUUAUCGAUAUCAGAAUGGUUCUUAAGUAUCAAUAUCUAAGGAAAUUCGAUUAGUUGGUUGUACGGAAUAUCGAUUUCAAAAAUACUUUAAAGAAGAAGGAAGUGAUUUUUCUUAAUUGUACUUUAAUUCCUCGUCUUUAUCAGAUUAUCUAUGCCCAGUGUAAAUGAAAUGAUUAUAUUAGGGAAGAAGCUAAUUUCUAGUUGGGAGGUACACACAUAAGUAAAAUAUAGUUAUAAACAUCUAGGUGAGGAGUUUUUGUAUUUAUAAAUAAUUAUAAGUAAAUGUAAUCCAUAAGAAGCAUUAAAUAAUGGAUAUGAAUGCGCAAAUUAAGAAUAAUUAAAUGAAUAUUUGGCAAAACAUGGGAGUUUUAAAUUUUAAAUCUAUAACAUUAAUUCAAUAAUAAAUCCAUACAAAUCAGAUAAUAAUUAUAGGCAACUAUAUUUAGAUGAUUCAAUAUAGUAUACAUUCAUUCCAAAUGAAAUUGGUAGAACAAUUGAUGUUUAUCUUAAACACUAUAACAUAAUUUAAGAUAAUAGUUUGAUGCCAUUUGGGUAAUUUUUAUUAUUAAUAUAAUUAGUGAAACUGUUGUAAGUUAAGUAUUUGCAUUUGAAUAGUUAGAAACCAAAGUUAUUUCUGAAAUUGGAAAUUCUGAUUAAUAUGUUUAGAUUAAUUUUAAAAGAAGUCCAUUUAAAACUACAAUUAAAAGAAAUUAUAUGAAGUUUGAUGAAAUGUUAUCAAAUUUAGGAGGAAUUCAAUAAAUUUUAUUUUUUUUUGUUGGAAUAGUUGUAACAUUAUACAAUAAAUUAUAAAGUAUUAAUUUAUAAUUAUUUAAAGUGAUGAUUGAAUUAGCAAAUAGAGUAUAUGAAUUUUCUUUUGAUAAUACUGAAAAAUUAAGAUAAUAAUAAGAGAAACUUGAAUUAAUAAAUUUGGCCUUAUAAUCAUAAUAGCGUUAAUAAAGAGAACCUGGUUCAUCAGUGAAUAAUUCUGAUGAUGAGGAUAAACCUUAAACAGUUCAUUAAACUUUGAUAAAUCAGAAAGAAAAUAAUUAAGAAAUAAAAAAGUUAAAUGGCGUCAAAAGAUUCAAAGCAGUAGUUUAAUAUUUAUCAGUUUUUAAAUAAAAUAAUCCAUAAACUCAAUAAAAGAAAGAGAGUUUUAGAAUUAUUAAAGAUCAACAAAUUUUAGCAAUAUAAUUGAAUUGCAAAUCAGGUUUAGAAUAUUUUGAGAAAUAAGUUAAAUCAAUAAUAUGUAGAGCAAAACCAAUUUAUUUAUCUUUUAAAAUUUUGAUGAAUGUAAUUAGUUGCAAUAAAUUUUUUUCGAAAUAGCCUAGAAUAAAAUUAAUAAAUAAAGGAAUGUAAUAAGUUGCUGAACAAAUAGAUAUUUAUAAUAUAGUUUAAAAUUUGAAUGAAAUGAUUAAAUUAAAGGAAGUAGUAUUAUCAUAUCAUUAAUAAUUGAUGUUUGGUUUUACUCCAAAACCGUAAAUUACUUUAGAUGAUAAGUCUGCACAACCUACAAGAGAUAUAUUAUAAUUAAAUUUAAAUAAGGAAAGAGAUUAAGAUGAAGAAAUUGGCAAAGAAUUAUUUAAAACAAAAAGAAGAAGUGGUGAUUAAGAUAAUUAUUUAUUUUAUGCCAAAAUUUAUAAUGUAAUAUAUUUAAAUGUAUAUUUUUUUAGUCAUAUGAUGAUGUUCUUAGAUAAAGUGAGGAUGAUGUCUAAAAUAAAACAAAUAAUGUUAGCAAAUAAUUAAUUGAAAAAUUAGGUCCUGAAUUGUAAUUAAUAUUUAAAUUAUCUAAACUAAUUGAUUUUCAAUCAUAGAAUAGUACAUAAGUAUAAAUAAAAACACCUCAUCGUAGAGGAGCUAUGUAAUAAAAAGAAUAAAAUGUGUAUGCAAAAAUGUUUAAUCCAGAUCCAUGA